CAUAACAUCGAAAUAUCCCUUCAUUGUAGAGGAAGCAGAAGUCUGGGAAGGUUCCAUAUGGCCCAAGCUAACUGUAACGAUCUUGUUGUACGAACCUUGCACAGUGAGGGGUACACUCGGUUGCACAGGUUGUCCGGGCUUUCUGCUGUGGAAAACCAACAAGGAUGUGCGUGGCUAGGGACAAGUUCGUAAGCGGUACCGGCAAGGAUUUCGAAGAGUUGUAGUCAAAAACAGGUGAAGAUUUCAAGGCAGGCGGCAGGGAUUCGUAAUCAAAAGUCAGGCAGGAGUCAAAACCAGAUAAUCAAUAUAAAUAUACACUUGAGUAGGAACAGUGAACUGAAGCCUAGUUUGGGCACUUAAAAAAUGUGAAUCAGGCUUUUAUGGGAAAGUUUGGUGCCAAAGUUUGAAUUUGGCGCUGCUUGAUGAUGUCAUGACUCCAGCGUCAUAGCGCCCAGCGUCAAGUGCCAGCAUCGGGAGCCAGUGAAAAUGAAGUCAAGCCGGAAGUGCACGCCUGCACACUCAAAGAGAGGCACACCGGGAGGUAAGUGAAUGAUUAAUUCUCCCAGCUCAUUGUGUCCAGGUUUAGUCCCACUUCGUCUCUUCCGAACAACAGCCAUUGUGCUGACACCCUGCUGGCCCAGAAGGUCAUGGUUCUCGGACCUUCAGGGCAGGGCCCUCCUUCCAGGUCCCCUGCCGAGCCUACCCUUCCUCCGGGUCACCCUCACUGGCGCCUGUCCCUCAGAGAGGAUCUCCUGACCCAGGGCCAGCACAGACACCUGGACCUCAAGAGACUCCCUUAUGAUGUGGCUGUUGAGAGUGCUAUUUGGUUGCACAAGGGAUUCUCCACUCGAGAAAUGCAAACACACUCACAUCUGACACACUUUUAUAACUUGGUGCAUAGUCAGGUCUAUAAACCAUUGGAAAUGCCAGAUACCCCUGCUGUUGAAAUCCCUCCAAGACUGGCUAGACAGGGGUCUAGGCAGGGUCAAACUGGGGGCCUGGGAACCCACCGGGCUGCUGCCGCAGGGCCCUCCUUCCAGGUUCCCUGCCGAGCCUACCCCCCCUCCGGGUCCCCUGUAAGCUGGGCCUCCUGUCGAGUCCCCUGCCAUGCAUGCACGCACAUUUUUUAUUUGCACAGGAAGAUUCAGCAGGGAGUGGAUCUGGGCUGGUGGGGCUUGCAAGGUUUUUUCCUGGUGCCCUGCCGGCUCAGUCUGACCCUGGGUCUAGGAUUAAGUCCAUCAAGGUACAAAUAUCAGCCCUUUCUAUGCUGCUAUAACAAUUGGCAGGACAUCAGAACAUUUAUACAAGCCACAGCGCAUAUCAGGCCAGCCUUCCAUCAUCUCCUACUGCCUUGGGACCUCAAUUUUGUUUUCUGGGCUAUGCAAGCACUACCAUUUGAACCCUUGGCUACCAUCGACCUGCAGUUGCUAACAUGGAAGUUGGCUUUCCUGUUGGCAAUAUCCUCGGCCAGAAGGGUCUCAGAAAUUGGGUCACUGGGGUACAAAGCCCCAUUUUGCAUUUUCCACAAGGACAAGUUAGUCUUGAGGACCCAGCGAGACUUCCUGCCCAAGGUUACCUCUACCUUCCAUAUAAACCAGGACAUUGUCCUGCCGUCCUUCUGCCCCAAGCCUUCCAAAAACAAGGAACGUCUACUGCAUUACCUAGAUGUGGUGAGAGUCCUGAAAUUCUAUAUCCAUAUGAUUACAGGCUUCAGACAGUCUGACUCGCUCUUCAUACUGUAUGGUUCCAACCUCAGGGGAGUCAAGGCACCCAAGGCCUCCAUUGCAAGGUGGAUAAAGCUCCUCAUAACAAAAUACUACAAGGUCCAUGGUUGCCCGGUUCCCUUUCACGUUACUGUCCAGUUUACUCAGGCACUUAGUACUUCAUGGGCAAGACUCAACAAUGCUUCCGCAGAACAGCUGUGUAAAGCAGCCACAUGAUCGUCACUUCACACCUCCUCAAAGUUCUACCAGUUCCAUGUUUUCACAUCAGCGCACCCUUCUGGCCGUAAGAUGCUACAAGCAGCAAUACACUAGUUCCUCAGCUGACAUGUUAGUGUUACUUCCCUUCUGUUUACCUUCCUUCUGUUCCCUCUAUUCCUUUAUCCUCUGGGACUAACCCUACUGUCCAUGUGCUGCCUAGGGACGACCCAAGAAAAUGGGACUUGUUAUACUCACUUGUAAAUCCCUUUUUCUGAGUCCAGUCACAGCAGCACAGGGAUGCCCACCCUUCCUUCUUACUUUACAUCUUCCUUCUUGUCUGUGUUAGUGAAAACUGAUGGAGGAGGGGUCAAUACAGAGAAGGGUAGGAUAAGGAGGGGAGUGUCCCAGUCCUCUUGUCAAGUUUUAAGACAUCCUGCCUCCUAAAGGGAACAGCACAUUGACUAUACUAUCCCCAUGCUGGUGUGACGGGACUCCGAAAAGGGAUUUACCCACCUCUUACAGUGCUAACCAAAAAGGCUAGAAACAAUAAAGUUCAACGGAACAGUCAGUCCUCUGAGGUUCCAGCUGUCAAUUCUUUGGUCAAUCACCUCUCUAAGAUUUGGCGAAGGGUUCAAGAUUCAUUGUCCUCUGCAUUUGCCGCUCAAAAGAGGGGCAUCAGAAUAGUGGAGGGCUCCUCCCGACACGAAAGGUGGCUGUUAUAGGCAGAAGACUGAGCCGCGACCGGGACCUUGAGGAUUAUUUUGGGUUUGGGAUACCAAUCGUAACACAUAUCUGUUUUUUAUGAUGGGGUUAACAAUAAUAAAUUGGGCAGUGGGAUUGCAGUACAUGUGAUCUAUUUGGAUUUUGCCAAAUCAUUUGAUACAGUUCUUGAUAAAUGACUGCUUUCUAAACUAAGGUCUGUUGGUAUUAGUAAUGUUGUUUGUUCAUGGAUAGAACAUUAAAGGAUGGCUAAAGGAUAUAUAGUAUAUAUACAUGUAUAGAGGAUGGUUAUCAAUGGUCUCUACAUAGAAUAGGGUUCUUAGUGGAGAAUUUUUCGAUAUUUAUUAUACCCUGAGGAUGGAAAAAGUCAGAAUCUGAAAAUUCGGCAUCUCAGACCUACUGAAUCCCUAUCCUAUUUGGAAUUUUCUGUGGUUUGCACUGGAAUUACUCGAAAAUUUAACUAUUUCGGACUUUUCAGGCAAAAAUCCGAAAACUUCCGACUUUUCAGGAAAAAGGCUGAAAAAACUAGCAAUUCUGAUUUUCGCAAUUUUUUACGUGUUUUUCUCUGAUCUGAUUAAGCUCCAAUCGUGGAUUCUAGUUUGGUCAGACUUUUUUUUAAUUAAAUUGCUCAGAAAAGUUUGGGUUUUGAUAAAUGUGCUUCCCAUUAUGUUAUUUUUUGAAUGUGCC